AUGAGGUGUUCUUUUCUAUUCCUUGCAGCUGCCCUCGUGGCACCUACCCUAGCCAUCUCUGAACCUACCUGGAUGAAAUAUCUAGCUGGGCUAGAUGAGCCAGCAGACGCAGCUGAACAAGUCGAUCUCAACUAUUUAGCUCAUCUGGCUGACAUAGCCGAUUCCGUCGGUGUGGCCAAUCCAGUCAACCUGGAUGAACUGGCUUACCUAGCUGAGCUUGCGCAUCUAACUGACGGUAAAGUUAAAAUCCACAACAAUUGUCCACACACGGUAUAUUAUUGGGUAGCUGCUCCAGGAAAAAGCCAGUCUGGGCCAUUCUCUAUUAAACAGGGCAAAGAAGCCCCUCCCGAGCCAAUCACAGAUGGAAAAGCCAUUAAAUUCACGGACACCAAAAAUCCACCAAACAGUUGCAAACAGGUCGCCCUUGGGGUUCCCCAAGGUGGUAAGUACAACUGGCAAGUGGAUGUAAUCAACCAUGCCCCUGAGUUCAAUCAUGCCGUCUGUGCUGGCUGUGGCACCCAGAACUGUGGGGCGGGGGUCCACCUCAAGGCUAUUCCUUACUUCAUUCAUGUACUCACUAAUUUUAGAUCCGCAUAG